AUGGCUUUUGAGGCUUUGAAGUGGUGGACAUAUGGAAGUAUAAAGCUAAAACUCCCCGAGAUUAAAGUUUUGAAUAUCCGUAUUGCCCGUCAUGGAGAUCGAACACCAGACGGAAAAACUGAAGGUUACCCAAAUGAUCCUUAUGCAAAUCAAAACUUUGAUGGAAAAUUAACUAUGAGUGGCAAGAAAAGAGAACUUGCUUUUGGUAACUUUCUUCGUACGAGAUACAAUGCAUUUUUGGGACCUAAUUACAUCCCCGGAUCUAUAGACGCUAGAAGUACGGAUGUCAAUCGCACAAAAGAAUCUAUAGGAUUGAUUUUGAAGGGGUUGAUGCCAAGUGCGGUGGUACCUACAACAUUUGACUCUAUAUUAAAAGACGUCAUGCUUGUACCAUACAUGUGUCCUGGAUACAUAAAUGACUACAUAAAAGCAAGAAGAGACACAAAAGAUGAGUAUAAAAUGUUAAAAGGGUUCAGGAAACAUUUACGUACGUGGACAGGCAAAAAGAUAAAAUCCUCGCUUAAUAUGUAUCGCAUUUACACGACUUUGGAAUGUGAAAAAUUUAUGAAUCUUAAACUGCCAUCUUGGACUGAGGGUGUUUAUCCAGAUGGUGAUCUUUUUAAAGGAACUCUUUUGGAAUUUGAUAGAAUGAAUUAUAGCAAAAGUAUGAGAAGACGAAACGGAGGAAGGUUAAUCAGAAAAUGCAAAGAAGACAUGGACUCUGUAAAACAAGGUUUCAUAGAUAUAAACCGAAAAAUGAUUAUUUAUGGCACUCAUGACCUUAACAUUGUUGCAGUUCUCAAGGCCUUAGGUGUUUUCUUUCCACAUGUUCCCAAAUUUUCCAGUGCUGUAAUUCUAGAAUUAUAUAGUAUGAAUAAACCUCAUGAAGUUUAUUAUGUGAAGAUUGCCCGUCAUGGAGAUCGAACACCAGAACAAAAAACAGAAGGUUACCCAAACGAUCCUUAUAAAAAACAAAACUUUGACGGAAAAUUAACCACGAGUGGAAAAAAAAGAGAACUUGAUUUAGGUAAAUUUCUUCGUACUAAAUACAAUGCAUUUUUGGGACCUAAAUACAUCUCCGGAUCUAUAGACGCUAGAAGUACAGACGUUAAUCGUACAAAAGAAUCGUUAGGCUUGAUUUUGAAUGGAUUGAUGCCAAAGGCUGUGGUACCUACAAAAUUUGAUUCUAAAUUGAAAGACGCCAUGCUUUUACCAUACAUGUGUCCUGGAUACGCAAGAGAGUAUAUAGAAGCAAAGAGAGACACAAAAAAAGAUUUGAAAAAGUUAGAAGGAUUUAUGCAAAAAUUGAGUAAGUGGACAGGCAAAAAGAUAAAAUCGUCACUUGAUAUGUAUCGCAUUUACGUGACUUUGGAAUGUGAAAAAUUUAUGAAUCUUAAACUGCCAUCUUGGACUAAGGGCGUUUAUCCAGAUGGUGAUCUUUAUAAAGGAACUCUUUUGGAAUUUGAUAGAAUGAAUCAUAGCAAAAGUAUGAGAAGACGAAACGGAGGCAGGUUGUUAAAAAAAUGCAAAGAAGAUAUGGACUCUGUAGCAAAUGGUCAAAUGGAUAAAAACCGAAAGAUGAUUAUUUAUGGUGCUCAUGAUCUUAACAUUCUUGCACUUCUGAAGUCCUUGGGUGUUUUCUUUCCACAUGUACCAAAAUUUUCGAGUGCUGUAAUUAUAGAAUUACAUCAUAUAAAUAAACCUCGUGAAGGUUAUUAUGUGAAGGUGAAUUAUUAUUUAGGUAUACCACCGGAGAUGAAAACUUUAAAGAUUCCUGGAUGUGAAACAUUAUGUCGAUUUGACUUAUUUACCACACUGAUGAAGGAUGCUAUGCCACAUAGCGAAUAUUUCGUAUGCGACAAUGGCCGAAAAGUUCUUGACUCUAUUGAAAAAACCGCUUCUAGUGCUGGACGAUCAGUGAAUUACUAUUUAGGCAUACCGCCGAAGAUGAAAACCUUACAGAUUCCUAACUGUGAAACAUUAUGUCGAUUCGUACAAUUCACGACACUGAUGAAGGAUAUUAUGCCACAUAGCGAAUAUUCCGUAUGCGACAACGGCCGAAAAGUUCUUAACGCAAUUACAAAAACUGCCUCUACUUUAGGACAUUCAGUUAAAGAAGCGCUUUCCAAAUAA